GGGGAGUACAAAUUCCUCGAUACGCAUUAGCGGGGUACACUUCGGGGGUCUUCAUUUUUCCGAGUGCGAGAACACCGGACGUCCGCCGACACCGAUUUUGGUUUAAAUCGCGCUCUUCCUGCAUCAUCUCUGUACAUCACUGCGAGUUGUAUUCGUCCUAGAUCACUUUUCACGUGGAAGCCACGCGAUCAAGUUUGCACAAUGUCACCCUCUGAAGUCCCUCACCAGCAGCCGGGUCAAGUCUCCAACCUCCCUGGGCUCACGACAUAUAUAACCGGCCAUGAUCCGAAGACCGGGAAAGCCAUCGUACAGUCUAAACGCCCGGGAACAUGGUCAUCCUACGAUGACAAGCUCAUGGGCUUCAACGUGGCCUACACCACGUCCCAAUUCCCAGCCUCGCUGAACGGCGAUGCCGACCUCCGCGCCCAUGAUGCUCUCACCGCCACCAAGAAACUCGGACUCGUCAACCCAGGGGGCACAGUGUGUCGUAUCGUGGACUUUGCUCCUGGUUUUGAAUGCAUGAUGCACCGAACGCAGAGUCUGGACUACGGCAUUGUGCUAGAAGGCUCGAUUGAGCUGGUGCUGGAUUCGGGGGAGACGCAAACGAUGCAUCGAGGAGAUGUAGCGGUCCAGAGAGCAACUAUGCAUGCUUGGCGCAAUCCAAGUAACGACGAGUGGGCGAGGAUGGUUUUCGUCUUGCAAGACUGCGAGAAAGUGGUGCUUGGGGAUACGGAACUGAAGGAGGAUCUUGGGAGGGGCGUGGUGGGGCUGCCGUCGAGCGGGAAUGACAAGUAGCCAAGUAAAUUUGUGUGUUAAACUUGAAGGAUUCAGUCAAUGGAUACGGAAAUGUCGAUGUUCUGAAUCGUUCCCAUGCAGGUUCCCGUUCGCAUGAAACAACUCGCACGUUUACGGAUGAAUUGCUUCACGUAUGUAUGUCAAAAGUCUUACCCUUUCAAUGGACCCCGGAGGCGCGAAUUCCAUAGAAUAAUAUCAUUCGGUUUCACCGGAUUUAAGGAACAUUUCCCAUGAUAUAAAAAGGGUUGAAUCGUCAAAUGAUUGACUAUCUUCAAAGGGCGAUUCGUUUCAAAAGGGGUAUGAAGGAAGGACCAGAUUCUCGUUUCACUUACACUUCUCUUU